AUGUGGCCACAGGUACACUGGCUGCUCUCUAACCGCUUCUUUCCAGUUCGGUUUCCUGUCCUGGCCCCUGGGACGCCCGGAGCCCCCAGAGCCAGGGGUGGGACUCCGGGGAGGACGGGUGGGUGCACUGCCCCGCACAGGACCCCCUCGAGGACGCUAACAAACUUCUCUGCCCCUCCAGUGGCGCCCUACACCAUCGUCUACUUCCCUGUUCGAGGGCGCUGCGAGGCCACGCGCAUGCUGCUGGCUGACCAGGGCCAGAGCUGGAAGGAGGAGGUGGUAACCAAGGAUACCUGGCUGCAGGGCACCCUCAAGGCCUCCUGUCUGUACGGGCAGCUCCCCAAGUUCCAGGACGGAGACCUGACCCUGUACCAGUCCAAUGCCAUCCUGCGCCACCUGGGCCGCUCCCUCGGGCUGUACGGGAAGGACCAGCGCGAGGCGGCCCUGGUGGACGUGGUGAACGACGGCGUGGAGGACCUCCGCUGCAAAUACGCCACCCUCAUCUACACCAACUACGAGGCGGGCAAGGAGGACUACGUGAAGGAGCUGCCAGGGCGCCUGAAGCCCUUUGAGACCCUGCUCUCCCAGAACCAGGGGGGCCAGGCCUUCAUCGUGGGCAACCAGAUCUCCUUUGCCGACUACAACCUGCUGGACUUGCUGCUGAUUCACCAGGUCCUGGCCCCCGGCUGCCUGGACUCCCUCCCCCUGCUCUCGGCCUAUGUGUCUCGCCUCAGUGCCCGGCCCAAGCUCAAGGCCUUCCUGGCCUCCCCGGAGCACGUGAACCGCCCCAUCAAUGGCAAUGGGAAACAGUGAGGGCCUGUGGCGCCCUCAGCAGGAGGCAGGGGCUGCCUGCCUGCCUGCCUCCCCUUCCCUGGACCAAUAAAAUUGCCAAGAGAAAAGUGG